AUCCGCCCCCGGAAAAAGCUACUGUUGAGGCUCGUUCUACUCACCCAUACCUGACCUGGGCAUCUCCGAUCCGUCGCCCCGAAUCCUGUCAUGACUCGGAAGACUCUUCAGCUCCCUCUCGGCCUAUCCGCCUCCGACAUAAUAGGAGGAGGCACAUCUGGACUAGCUCUCUUGAUUCCUCACACUCAAACAGUUAUCAAGAUCUCCCACGGCGAUCCUGACGAGCGCGAACGGUGCGAACGCGAAGCUGGAAUAUACGAAAGGCUCUACAAGUCAAAUAUCCCAAGGCCAUCGUCAUUAUUAGGAUACAAUGGGAGGUGUGGUGAUGGAAUACUUCUUGAAUAUGCAGAGAACAAGACCGUACGGCGAUAUCUAAGCAUACCCGAUAACCAGCCGGCGAGCGCGGUCCUCAUUUCCCGUUGGGCCCGGCAGGGUGCUAUCGCACUACGCUUCGUCCAUGUGAACGACGUCGCCCAUGGGGAUGUCAGCUGCGACAACUUUUUCCUCGAUAAAGUCUUGAACCUUCGCCUUGGGGACUUCACGAAUUCCUCCUUAGGUUUGGAUACCUAUCUGGAGCAAGACGAUAUUUUCGAAUUUGGCCUUGCAUUAUAUGAAAUGUCAACUGGGAUUCAGCUCUUCAAAGGGUUAUAUCUCUCUCCAGGUGAGAAGAGGCAGAAGAUAGAACAGGAGGGUCUACCUAAUCUCUUACAACUACCCGUCACUAGCCUUGGGGUAACUAUUAUCAAGUGUCUUGAGUCACAUUAUAGAAACAUGGGAGAGGUUUUGCGCGACGUGGACAGUAUCUCCAAGCAUUAGAUCCAGCUUCAUAACGGUGCUCGCCUCUAGUUAC